UUAAUGAUUCAGUGUUGAGAUGAAUACUUCAGAAACUAGCUGUAGAGCUGUUGUUAACAUUCUGUAAUCAUAGACUUCUAUUUGAUCACUAAAACUACUCAAAUAAAGAAAACACAUAGAUUAGUACCACUUGACAUAAUAUUGUAAUCCAAAUACUUUGCCAUAAAUUGAACUCAGAACACACAUCAUGGUGCAACCAAGCUUUUAGCCUAAUCAUGAGAUAUUAUUAUCAUCUGAAAACUUAUAUUUUUCUGGCAUUCUUGAUAGUAUGUUUCUCACUGUCACAGAGUCAAAAUGUAUUGAGAAAAGGAUCUUCUUUACAUGUUGAAAGCAGUGCAAAAGUUCUUGUUUCCCCAGAUAAGUCCUUCACGUGUGGAUUUCAUGCAGCAGAAGGAACCAAUGGAUACUAUUUUGCCAUCUGGUUCACAAUAUCUAAUCCCAGAACCAUUGUUUGGAUGGCCAACAGAAACAGGCCUGUUAAUGGUCGCGGCUCCAUGUUGUCACUGGGUCGCAAUGGAGUCAUAGUCUUAACUGAUGUCGAUGGCACCACAGUUUGGCGAUCUAAUACAACCUUUUCAACUGAUGCAACAAGAAUUGAGCUUCUUAACACUGGUAAUCUAGUUUUACUAGAUUUAAGUGAUGCUAUCAUUUGGCAAUCAUUUGAUAUUCCAACUGAUACUCUCUUGCCUUUUCAACAACUAACAAAAGACAAGAGAUUAGUUUCUUCAAGAAAUGGUGGUCAUGCAUCUGGUUACUAUAGUCUAUAUUAUGAUAGUGAUAAUGUUUUGAAGAUGGUGUUUGAUGGACCGGAUACAUCAAGCUUGUAUUGGCCUAGUCCUGAUCCAACCUCUAAUGUUUUUCAGUAUGGAAGAACAAACCAAAACAAUAGUAGAAUAGCUGGAUUUGAUGAUUAUGGUAGUUUUGCUUCAACUGAUGACUUGCAGUUCAAUGCUUCGGAUUUUGGAUUGGGGGUCCUAAGGAGGCUAACAAUCGGUUAUGAUGGCAAUCUUAGGCUUUAUAGCUUGAAUAAUGCAACAGGAUUAUGGUCAGUUUCAUGGGAAGCCAUUAGAAAAAAGUGUGAUGUAACAGGCCUUUGUGGAAGAUUUGCAGUAUGCGUGUAUACACCAGAACCAAGAUGUUCUUGCCCUCCUGGUUAUGAAAUGACUGAUCCUAGUGACUGGACUGCUGGUUGCAAGCCAAUAUCAAAUAUAAUCUGCAAUACUUCACACUCUGAACAUGUGAAGUUCGUGGAGCUUCCACAAACAGAUUUUUACGGGUAUGAUCUUGAUGUUAUACUCACUCCUACAUCACUGAAUGCUUGUAGAGAGUUGUGCUUGAAAUCUUGCAAUUGUUUAGGAUUUAACUAUAGGUUGACAGGAGAAGGAUACUGUUUCACAAAACGCGAUCUUUACAAUGGUGUUCAGAUUAGAACUUUCCCAGCAACUAGCUACGUGAAAGUUCCAGUCCGCUUACAAAUACCAGAUUAUCCUAAACUGGUUUUCAACACAGAUUUCACAUGUAAAUCUCAUGAAGCUAAUGUUCUUUUAGGAACAACUUCUAUGUAUGACACAACAGAGAAAAAGGUUAAGUGGGCAUACCUUUACUCGUUUGCUGGGGCAAUUGGUACAAUUGAGCUUCUUGUUUUUAUAUUAUGCUGGUGGUUUUUGUUCCGGAAACAGGGUCUUCCAGAUAUUGUUGAAGAUGGGUAUAACUUGAUCUCUAGUCAGUUUCGGGCAUUUACCUAUAAAGAGCUCAAGAAGGCCACGACAAAUUUCAAAAUGGAACUAGGCCGUGGAGGGUCAGGAGAAGUCUAUAGUGGUGUUUUGGCAGAUGAAAGAGCGGUGGCAGUGAAGAGACUGGGUGGUAUAUUUCAAGGGGAUGAAGAGUUUCUGGCAGAAUUAAGUACAAUAGGAAGGAUUAGCCAUAUGAACUUGGUGAGAAUGUGGGGAUAUUGUUCAGAGGGAAAGCAUAGACUUUUAGUCUAUGAGUAUGUUAGUAACCUAUCACUUGACAGUCAUUUGUUUACCUCCAAUUUUAUUGGAUGGAGAGAAAGGUAUAAAAUUGCAUUAGGAACAGCCAAAGGUUUGGCUUAUCUUCAUAAUGAAUGUCUGGAAUGGGUAAUCCAUUGUGAUGUGAAGCCGGAAAACAUACUAUUGGACAGUGAAUUUGAGCCGAAGAUUGCAGAUUUUGGGCUUGCAAAGCUGUCAAAGAGAGGAGCUCCUGACUCAGAAUUCUCCAGAAUUCGUGGCACAAAAGGCUACAUGGCUCCAGAGUGGGCAUUAAACCUUCCUAUCACCGCAAAAGUAGAUGUGUAUAGUUAUGGAGUCGUAAUCUUGGAGAUGGUGAAGGGAAUUAGACUUUCAAACUGGGUGGUGGAUGAUGAUCAAGUACACGAAGUAGAACUUACGAAGUUUGUUAGGAUAAUGAAGAGUAAAAUUCUUGAUAGAGAAGAGUCAUGGCUUGAGGAUACAGUUGAUAAGAGACUCGAAGGAAUUUUCAACAGGAAUCAAGCAGCAGCCUUGAUCGAGAUAGGCUUGGCUUGUGUGGAUGGAGAUAGGAACAGAAGGCCUACCAUGGACUCGGUAGUUCAAACUCUAAUACAGAGUGAAGAUUGACCUCAUCAUAUACCAAUCAAAAAAAUGUAUGGUUUCAUCAAACCUUUUGGUGUGAUAGUCUUACUAAUACAACACUCAAAGCUGUAUUUACAAUGUUUUUUCUCACUUGAGUACUUCAUCAUGUAUUCCCAGUGCUCAGAAAUAAAAGAAAUUGAGAACAUAGAAAGUUAUUUCAGGUGAUCUUUUCAAUUGUUAAUUGGGGGGAGUUGAAAGUUGUAUUGUUAACUUGCAUCUAAUCCAGAAAUUCCAUCCGAAAAUAAAACCA